AUGGACAAAUUAUUUAUUAAUGUCUACCAAAAGGACAACCAGUAUUUUAUUGAUAUUGAAACUUAUGUGACCCUAUUUAUUUUUGCCCUGUCUGAGUCACCUAAUAUACAGCUUAAAGUGAAACAUCAAGUGAACAAGCCUAACAAACCUCUUUUGAAAAUUACAUUGAACAAUGUGGCUCAUGAAGUUAUACAAGAUUUUCCUGAAAUGGCAAGUUAUUGUACCUGGCCUGCAGUACUAAGUAACAAUAGUAUAAUAUCAGGAUUGUGCUCAACUGCUAGGUACAUUGUAAAAAAUAGUAACUUGAACGAUGUAAAGAAAUUAUUAGGUUUUCGUGAAGCCUGUUUAAUGGCAUGUUCUGAAAGUUCUGUUUGGACUAGGUAUUGUGAAAUUGACAUUAUUAACACUGUAACUGAUUUUUGGAUGAACAUUUCAAGCUACUUUGAUGACAAUGUACUUACUCUUCCUGCCAACAUAUGCAGAUUUGAAUAUCACAUGAAACAACCUGUUAGAAUGCAUAACGUGUAUAAAGUCGCCAGAAUUAGCAAUAAGGAUGCUUCAAUAGAGAGUUCUACACCCAUAAAUGAACUAAAUUUAAGCCAUUGUUUUGGGGAAGGCCCCUUUAUGACUUUAGCUGAUGUAAUAUUGUACCCAUGUUUCAAUAUAUUUUUUUCCAUUUGUCCACUGGGAGAAUUACAGCAAGAAAUUCCGGAAAUUUGUAAAUGGUUUACCAUGAUGAAUGAAAAAAUGUCAGAAGUAGAUGCUAAAGUGAGUGUUGCUGCUGAAUUUCGUGACUUAAACAUUGCUAAGAUUGUUCAACCGGAAUUUCCACAACACAGUUUGUACACAGCGGAUCCAAAUAGGUACAGACCCGAAAAAAGAAUUUUCACAAAGCAAAAGGAUAUUGAUAAUUCACUUAAGUCAUUGGAGAACUUGGAGGGCGGCUUCACAAAUAAUAUUUCACCGUACGGUCAUGAAAUUAUAUUCAACUGGAGCGAAAUUCCACUGGACGCAAACCCCGUUGGGGGAGCCUUACCGGAAAAAAGGGCCGGCAGGAAAUGUGAACAGCUAGAAAAUUUGGCUAAAGCUGUUGUAAAAAUUGCCCAGGAUAAAAAAUAUAAGAUCGUCGACUUUUGCAGUGGAAGUGGUCAUUUGGGUAUACUGAUGGCUUAUCUCCUGCCUAAGUGCACCGUAAUUCUGGUGGAAAACAAGGAAAAAUCCCUGGAACGGGCAAUCGACCGCAUAGGAAAACUAAAUUUGACCAACGUCCAAAUUGUACAGUCGAAUUUGGACUAUUUUACAGGCAGUUUCGACAUAGGCGUAGCGCUCCAUGCUUGUGGUGUGGCGACGGACUUGGUCAUACAGAAAUGCAUCAACACCCGUGCACACUUCGUCGUUUGUCCCUGUUGUUAUGGGGGCAUAAGAGACUGUCAUGUGCUCAAGUAUCCCAGAAGUGACAGGUUCAAGUCCCUGGACCUGGAAUAUAAAAAUUAUCUGAGUCUGGCCCAUGCUGCUGACCAAACACAUGACAAAGACAACGUCAAAACGAGUCAGGGGUACAAAUGCAUGGACGUGGUGGACACAGACAGGAGGUUGUAUGCUGAGAGUUGUGGUUAUCAAAUGCAUUUAGGGAAGUUACAACCUGUGAGUUGUACCAAUAAAAAUAAUUUGUUAGUUGGUAUAUUUAAUAAUAAAUAAAAUUAUUUUUAAUAUA